AUGGCCAUGUACAACCUGAGCCACAGCAAUGCAGGCCCAUUUACCCUUCUGGGCAUCCCUGGACUAGAGCAGUCCCACGUGUGAAUCAGCAUCCCCUUCUGCUUUAUCUAUAUUGCAGCUAUUGUGGGCAAUAGUGUCCUUCUCUAUCUCAUUGCAGUGGAGCGCAGUCUUCAUGCACCUAUGUUCUUUUUCCUUUCCAUGCUGGCUACUGCUGACCUCAUACUGUCUACCACAUGUGUCCCCAAAGCCCUUAGUAUCUUUUGGCUUGGUCCCCAGAAAAUCAGUUUUCCUGGAUGUCUCACCCAAUUAUUCUUUCUGCAUUACAGCUUUGUCCUAGACUCAGCUAUACUGCUGGCCAUGGCCUUUGACCGCUAUGUGGCCAUCUGCUCCCCCUUGAGAUACACCACCAUCUUGACCUCCAAGACUAUCUUGAAAAUUGUUGUAGGUAUCUCUUUCAGAAGCUUCUGCAUCAUUUUGCCAGUUGUGUUCUUGCUAACACGCCUACCUUUCUGCCAGACACGCAUCAUUCCCCACACAUACUGUGAGCAUAUAGGUGUUGCUCGGCUUGCCUGUGCUGAUAUCUCCAUCAACAUCUGGUAUGGCUUUUGUGUUCCUAUCAUGACAGUCAUCUCAGAUGUAAUUCUAAUUGGCGUCUCCUACACCCUCAUCCUCUGUGCUGUCUUUCGUCUCCCCUCUCAAGAUGCCCGCCAGAAGGCUCUUGGCACUUGUGGUUCUCAUGUCUGUGUCAUCCUCAUGUUUUAUACACCUGCCUUCUUCUCCAUCCUUGCCCAUCGCUUUGGACACAAUGUCUCCCGCACAUUCCACAUCAUGUUUGCCAAUCUCUACAUUGUUAUUCCACCUGCCCUCAAUCCUAUUGUUUAUGGGGUAAAGACCAAGCAGAUCAGAGAUAAGGUCAUACUCCUCUUUUCUACCAAGGUUACAGAAUGA